GGGAGAUUAUCUGGUUAUUUUUACAGUUCUGUGAUGAGUUCAGUUCGUUUUCUUUGGUUGUAAAAUAAAUCAUAUGGACAUAUUGUAUAUAGAUAAUUUUGUACUAAAUUUAGAAAACUUUAGUAGUAAAAAGUUAGUUGAAAUAGCAAUACGGUGUAGUGAAAUUAAUUAAAAUUGUAGAGCAGAUCGAACAAGUGUGAUACAUAACCUCAAAUGUCAAAUGAUAAAACUUGAUUUAGCUUGGAAUUAAAGUAGUAGGAUAGUAUUUUGUGGGUGUAAUUACUUACAUAAAUUGUGUUAUAAGCUGGGAAAUAUAAUUACAGCGUGUUUAUAGGAUUUUGUAAAUUCUUGUAUAAAUUCUUCGACUUUGACAAGUGUCGCCAUCAAGUGACAGUUCAACGUUGUACCAACCUUGAAAAAGUACGAAUUAUAUAAAUAUAAUUAUAUAAAUAUAAAUAUCAUAUUCUAAAUCGAUUCUUAUUUAAUCCAAAACGUGUUUUAAUACUAAAUCAAUUAAAUAAAUGUAAUUUUUUUACAUUUUUUGACAAUUAAUAUUAGUAGUUUCCAGUGCUGCCAUCAUGCGGCCAUGUUGGCGCUUGAAUCUGAAAGAUCUGCCAAGACAGUCGAUGCUCGAACUUCGUAGUGUAAAGACAUCAUUCGCUUAAAAAUAAUUAAAAUAAUUAUUUCUUAACUAAAUAAAUCGGUUUAAAUUGUGUUUUCUUGUGCUAAUAAUACAAAAGUGUCUGUGUGAUUGAAGGAAUUGUUAAAUUUCUUACUAAAGUGUUAAAAAAGUGUCAACAAGUGAACAACGGCCAUCUGUCAAAACUGUUGAGUUUCGAAAAUGUCUGGAAAUGUCGACAGCUUCUUCUACUAAAUUAUAAAUCCCGCUCUGAAUGCACCUAAUUUUGGAGUUUUCAAAAAAACAUGGGCUUGCAUAAAAAGACGGAUCACGAAAGCGGUUAUUUCGAAGGCAGCGACUUAGAAUCCCAAUCUUCCGACAAAAAUGCUCUUUCACUGGACAGUUGUCACAAUAAAGAGAUGACGACAAAGAACCACCAAAUGAGUCCCACCAAUGGACACCACCAUCCCUCCAAAAGGGGCCAAAAAAGGUGCAGGGACAGCAGUAAUAAUACACCCAGGAAGCAGCAGAAACUGAGCGGCAGUUUUACCAAAAACCAAAACCAUCAUCCUAUUAAGAAUUUAAAUAAUUAUGAAAGUGAUAAGAGCAGCAACAGCGUUUUGGAGAUUCGUGAAAGUGUUGAUCAUAUCGAUUCGGUUUUAGAAAGUAACGGCAUUGUCGAACAAAAUGGAAGGAUUAAUGUUGAAAUUGUUAAGUGUAAAUCAGUGCAAAAAGACGAUUCUGUUAUUUGUCUGGGUCCUAUAGAAAGGACCACGACGAAUUUCGACGACGAACUCGAGGAAAUUAGCAGAAUUAACACUCAUGUUAAUCUUUCCGGAGAUGACAAAGUCGACAUGUCGCACUUCGAAAUGCUGCGCGUUUUGGGAACUGGAGCCUACGGCAAAGUGUUUCUGGUCCGCAAGCGCGGCGGCCUUGACAACAGCAAGUUGUACGCGAUGAAAGUGCUGAAGAAAGCGACCAUCGUGCAGAAGAAAAAGACGGCGGAGCACACGAGGACAGAGAGACAGGUAUUAGAAGCUAUUAGGAGUUGUCCAUUUCUAGUCGGGAUGCAUUACGCCUUCCAAACGGACGCCAAAUUACAUUUAAUUUUAGACUAUGUUAACGGUGGUGAGCUGUUUACGCAUUUAUAUCAAAGAGAACAUUUCACAGAAUCAGAAGUGAGAAUAUAUAUAGGAGAAGUAGUAUUGGCAUUAGAACAAUUACAUAAGUUAGGAAUAAUCUAUCGAGACAUAAAACUCGAAAAUAUUUUACUCGACCAAGACGGCCACAUCGUCUUAACAGAUUUUGGUCUGUCCAAAGAAUUUCUUCCUGAUGAAAAUGAUAAAAGGGCCUUCAGUUUUUGUGGGACAAUCGAAUAUAUGGCUCCAGAAGUUGUGAGAGGGGGCCCACAAGGGCACGAUGUGGCUGUUGAUUGGUGGUCAGUUGGAGUUCUAACCUACGAAUUGUUAACAGGAGCAUCGCCGUUUACUGUUGAAGGAGAAAAGAAUACUCAACAUGAUAUUUCAAAAAGGAUUUUGAAAACCUCGCCACCAAUUCCUGAUGAUUUGGGAAAAGAUGUUCGAGAUUUUAUAAGUCGUUUGCUUGUCAAAGAUCCACGCAAAAGACUUGGUGGGGGCAAAGCAGACGCUUCUGAAGUCAAAUCUCAUAGUUUUUUCAAAAAAAUCAACUGGAACGAUCUGGCAAAUAAACGUAUACCAGCACCAUUCAAGCCCAACAUUAGGGACGAAUUGGACACCAGUAAUUUCAGCGAAGAAUUUACCAAAAUGCUUCCUACUGACUCACCAGCCGUUGUACCUCAAAAUACUGAAAGACUGUUCAAAGGAUAUUCUUAUGUAUCACCAAGUAUUCUGCUGACGAAAAAUGUUAUUUCCGAUGAUGAUAUUUAUAAGAGACUGAAUCAAAAUCACAAUGAUGUGCGUCCAGACAUUGAAAGACUGAUGAAAUAUAAAGUUUGGGACUCAGCAUUUUAUGAUAAAUAUGAACUGAUGCCUCGAAUAAUUGGGGAUGGAUCAUUCAGCAUUUGUGUCGAAUGCAGACAUAGGACCAGCAGUCAAAUUCAUGCUGUCAAGAUUGUCAAAAAUACCACUGACUGCACCAAUGAAAUCAACAUGUUGAAGCUGUGCCAGGGACAUCCCAAUAUUGUUAAACUUAUCGAAGUGUUGAAAGACGAGGUGAAUACAUACAUAGUCUUAGAGAAUUUAACCGGUGGUGAACUUUUGGACAGAAUUAGGUAUCAAAAAAAGUUCACUGAAAGACAAGCGAGUCAGAUUUUCAAACAAUUAGUUUCAGCAGUGAAUUACAUUCAUCGCAAAGGGAUUGCACAUCGAGAUCUGAAACCAGAAAAUAUUAUUUUCCAAUCUACCAAAGAUGAAAUAGUUAAGAUCAUAGAUUUUGGAUUUGCAAGAAAGUACAAUUCAAAACAACAGUUACCGUUUGUGAAUAACAACGCCAUAUAUAAAUACUCAAAAGCUUUCAACAAAUCUACAACACCAUCAUCAGCCACCAUGAAAACGAACAGUCCCCUUCAAGCCGUUCCUUUAAGAAAAUUCGGAAACUCACCAGGAACACCUCAGCAUCACCAGCAAUAUCGGUUCGAAUCCCAGGAUUUGGAAUCGCCUCAGGAUUGCCAAGAUGGAAUGCUGACACCAUGUUUUACUUUGGAAUACGCAGCACCAGAAGUUCUGGACGUCUCGAUUAGGAAUCACAAUACUGGUAAUACAAAUGGCAAGAAACAUCAACAUCAGAAGCAUUCGGAGAAGAUCAAGGGGUAUUCGGAGAGCUGUGAUUUGUGGAGUUUGGGGGUAAUCUUGUAUACAAUGCUCUGUGGCUGUCCACCAUUUGUCUCUAAUGAUGUCCGAAAAACUAUUGAACUCAUCAGGGAAGGACAUGUCAACACUUCGUCGUCACAAUGGAGCAAAAUUAGUCAACCAGCUAUACAUCUUGUUAGAGGACUUUUAACCAGAAGUCACAAGAGAUUGACGAUGAGGGAUUUGCUCAAUAAUGAAUGGAUAAAUGGAAUGAGCCCCCAAACACCAUUGGACACUCCGACUAUGAUCUCUUCGAGGACACAAACAAAUGUUAAUGAGACAUUCAAUGCUUUCCAAUUGGCCCAAAGAGAUGGAUUCAGACUUCAGGACGUAGUAAAUGCAAAACUAGCUCAAAGACGUCGAAUCAAAAAAUCUUCAUCAAGCUUCACAUCUUCUGACAGUGAUAUUUCAAUAGCCCAUUCGAGUGACACCAUGUCAACAAUGUCUUCUCGAACAACUUCAUUAAAACUGGCAAGACUCAAACGUUUGGGUGACGAUUUAAACAUUUCGAUGUUGAAGGACUUUGAUUCCAAUUUCAUGGAUGAUCCUCCACCAGUUCAUCCAAAAUCCAGGAAGAUAACAGUUAGUUCCAGUAGCAGUAGAAGUAGCGAUUGUGAAAUUGUUGAACCGACCAGCAAAUAUUUGUUGGAUUCUUCAACGACUUCAUCAAAUUUCGAUAACGACGUCACUGUUAUAAAUGUUAACGAAUGCAAUGGUGACACUACUGUAAAAGUACGGUCACGGGUCCAUAAAUCAAAAAGCGUUUUUGAUUUCAGCGAAGCUCGUGUACAUACUUAUUUAUCAAGUAUGUCGAGUGAUGGUAGUGUAAACGAUGCAGAGUUUCAUGGUUUCACCAAUCCUGAGGAAAUUGAACCAAGUUUGAAAUUAGAUUCGGAUAGGAUCCAAAAUAAGAAAGGUACGCUUAGUUGUAAAGGUUUUUGUCAAAAUUGUUUUGUUGUAAAUAAGCAAAGCAAUCAGAAAGUUGACGUCAUGCAAAAUAGUUUCUAUCACCCUAACAAACCAGAAGAAGUAACUAAAGAUAAACCAGGUUUAGACUUUUAUCCUAGAAGUAUCCGAAUUCUUGCAAAAACUUUAGACAAAACAGAAACCGUAGUAAAACCUCCGAAACCCAAAAACCAAUUAUCAAGUAAACUAUUAUCAUUUUCAAUCGUGGACCGUGUUAAAAAGCGAUUAAGUCGGUUCAGAAGUAAAGCUAAAAUUCCAAAAAGUGUUGCAAAAGCUACCAUAGUUAAAACUCAAAAAGCAUCAACUCCAGCCAAAUCGAGGAAACCGAUUGUGAGAAUACCUUUGGGUGUUAGACGUAGUAAACGAAUUAGGAAAAAAGGAGAUUGAUGCUUGAAAAUUAGGAAUAAUUAUUAUUUAUAUAUAGUCAUUAUUAGAAUAAAUAUUAUUUAGGAUUAAAUUUUAUACAUACUAAGAUUAUUAAGUAUGUAAUGACAUAAUGAAAACUGACAGAUUUAAAAAUUAAU